ACACACGGCCCGUACUUAACAGCCCUUGAUGAUUCAGUGGAGUCAAAUGUUUAGAGAACUUGUUUGAUCAGCGCUAAGCAGCAUGCCUCGGUCGUUUUUGGUAAAAAAGUCAAGUACCGUGGCUAUUCCUCCCAGCAGGACGCCACCAGAAAGUAAGCGAAAGACUCCAAGACCUGACGAUCACCAUGACGACAUAUUGUCAUGGGAACCACUUGACAUGUCGGAGUACGAGCAUGAAAUUGAGACUGCACACAAUGUUGAAAAAGAGCUCAAUACCUUGCUGAUGCCACAACCGGCUGAACAAGUCCAACCCGUCAGACCAGCUCCAAGAAAGCCGGAAAAACUGGCUUUGGUGCAGCCUUUUUUCCUCCAGAAGACAGGUAAAUCGUAUGCGAAUGAGCGACCUGAUACUCGGGAUCACGACAGCGAAGCGAAGAGCGCCGAAAAGCUAUCCGAAAAGCCAUUUAAGUGUAAUGAAUGCUCGGCGUCAUUUAUACGACGAAGCGAGCUGCAGCACCAUUCGCUGAUUCAUGACACUGGGAAGCAAUUCAAAUGCUCACGUGACGCUGAAAUCAAGUCAUUUCACGGCUACAGCCAAGAAUACGAAAGGGCGCACCGGGAAGAUGUAAUUAAAACUGAGGGCAAGACCGCCACAGGGAACCCAUUCAAGCCGUUUCAUCGCUACAGCCGAGGGUACGGAGAAGUGCGCCUGGAAAAUGUAAUUAAAACUGAAAGCGAUCCCGACACCACAGAGAAAUCAUUCAAGCCAUUUCAUCGCUACAGCCGAGGGUACGGAGAAGUGCACCGGGAAGAUGUAAUUAAAACCGAGGGCGAAACCGCCGCAGGGAACCCAUUCAAAUCAUUUCACGGCUACACCCAAGGAUGCAGAGAGAUGCGCCGGGAGGAUGACAUGGAAACCGAGGGCGAGACUGUCACCGAGAUCCCAUUCAAGUGCACCCAGUGCUUUUUGAAAUUCACCCGACAUAGCGAUUUGCAGAAACACCUAACACAUGACCACGUGAACCCAUUUAAGUGCCAUAAUUUCGAUGUGGAAAUGAGCGAGGAGGAUUCAACGGAUGGCGAACAUGGCGAGAAGCCAUUUAGGUGCACUCAGUGUGUGAUGUCAUUCACGCGUCCUAGCGACCUGCAACGUCAUUUGCUAAUCCAUAGCAACAGCAAGCCAUACAAGUGCAAGGAAUGCGACCGAGAGUUCACGUGGUUUGGAAACUUCCAGAAACACAUCCUAUCACACAUGAACAACACGUCGCCUAGCAACGCGUCAUUCUCCGCCAUGUUUACGAUGCUGGCGCGCGAGCAAGUCAAGGAUCUUUUUAUCAAAGAGGGAGAGAAGUAUAGAUGUCGGCUCUGCAGCAAAGACUUCACGAGGCUCAGCGGACUAAAGACGCACAUCCGUAUGCACACUGGGGAGCGACCAUAUGUAUGUGAGGUGUGCUCGUUUGCUUUCACCACUUCACGUGCUCUCAAAAUGCACAUGCGCCUGCACACCGGUGAGAAGCCAUACAAAUGUGAAGUGUGCGACCGCGCCUUCACCCGCCGAGACGAGAUGCACACCCACAUGUACAUACACAAAGGUGAAAAGCCAUUCAAAUGCACUCAGUGUCCCGCGUCGUUCAUUCGCUACGGUCACCUCCAACGCCACCUACUGAUCCAUAGCGACGACAAGCCAUACAAGUGCAAGCUCUGCCCCAAGUCCUUCACGCAGUACCGCAACCUUCAAACACACAUGUACAAACACACUGGUGAGCGGCCUUACAGAUGCAAGUACUGCCCGAAGGGCUUCACCCAGUAUGGCACGCUUCAGGCCCAUGAGCGCACACAUACAGGCGAGAAACCAUUCAAGUGCACCUUGUGUGACAAGGCAUUUAUUACGUCAUCGCACCUGAGAUGGCAUGUCAAGACCCAACACCCAAAGGAAUAAGGAACCUAAGGGAAGGAAGAAGCUGUAGAAGGAAGUGGACCUAAGGGACUAAGAUGAAAACAGGGACCUAAAUGAAGCUGGAAUGCAGCACCAGUAGGUCUAAGGGACCUAUUAAGCCUUAGAUGCAGCACUUAUAGAUCUAACGGACCUAUUAAGCCUUAGAUGAAGCACCCGUAGAUCUAAGGGACCUAUUAAGCAUUAGAUGCAGCACCCGUAGGUCUAAGGGACCUAUUAAGCCUUAGAUGCAGCACCCGUAGAUCUAAGGGACAUAUUAAGCCUUAGAUGCAGCACCCGUAGAUCUAAGGGACCUAUUGAGCCUUAGAUGCAGCACCCGUAGACCUAAGGGACCUAUUAAGCCUUAGAUGCAGAACCCGUAGAUCUAAGGGACCUAUUAAGCCUUAGAUGCAGCACCCGUAAAUCUAAGGGACCUAUUAAGCCUUAGAUGCAGCACCUGUGGAAGUUAUCUGUU